GCGAGCGUGAUUUCAUCGGCUGUUGUUGACCAUACGGAGUAAAAGGCAAUCAUGAAGAUCAAUAUCGCAUGCCCCAGCACUGGAAUGCAAAAGGUCAUUGAGAUCGACGACGAGCGUCGUCUUCAAAAUCUCUACGAUCGACGUAUGGCUCAGGAAAUUGACGGCACGAUCCUCGGAGACGAGUUCGAGGGCUACAUUCUCCGCAUUUCUGGAGGCAACGACAAGCAGGGCUUCCCCAUGCGUCAAGGUGUCCUCACCAACACGCGCGUGAGCUUGCUGUGUAAGAAAGGUCACAAGGCCUACCGUCAGCGACGUGCCGGUGAGCGUAAGCGCAAAUCCGUCCGUGGCUGUGUCGUCGGUGCCGAUAUUGCGGUCCUCAACCUGGUGAUUACCCAGAUUGGCCCCAACACCGUCCCCGGUUUGACCGACGACCAAAUCCCCCGUCGUCUCGGACCCAAGCGCGCGAACAACAUCCGUAAAUUGUUUAACUUGACCAAGGAAGAUGACGUUCGCAAGUACGUGAUUGCCCGUACUUUUACCAACAAGAAGGGCGUGACCGUCCGCAAGUCGCCCAAGAUCCAGCGUCUGGUGACUCCGUUGACUUUGCAGCGCAAACGCGCCCGCAAGGCCGAAAAGAUGUCGUCGGUGUUGCGAAGCAAGGAUGAGGCCGCCGCCUACAAGAAGGUGGUGGCGCAGCGUAUGGCCGAAGCUCGGGAAGUGCGCCGUUCGCUCAUUUCCAAGCGUCGGUCUUCCCGAAAGUCAGCGAAGAUGGCCGCCGAAACGUCUUAAAUAAAAACUAUAAGUAGAAUACUGCGAAACCAAA